AUGUCUAAAGUAGAGGUUCAUGAUAGAAUACUGGCUGCCUUGAGUGAUAAAUCGACUUUUGGUUUCAACGAAUUGAGGUUGGACAAGAGCGUUAAUGACGUAUUAGGUGAUGAUGUAAAGAUCAAAAACACUUUGGAAUUAUUCAGUUUUGGGUCCAUAAAAGACUAUAAUGACCACAAAAAUGAUUUCAUCGAACUAUCGAGUCCAGCGCUAUUCAAACUUACUCAAUUGACUCUAAUAUCUGAGGUGCUCAUAAACAACGAAUUCAGUUACAACUACCUUAAAAGUGUUUUAAAUAUUGAUUCAACGCCUGAGCUUGAAAGACUGAUAACGGAAUCAAUUUACUCCAGAAUCAUUGAUGCUAAACUAUACAAUGAACAAGGUAUUGUUCAAGUUUAUUCAAGUAUAGGAAGAGAUGUUCUUUUAAAUAAUGAGACUGAAAAGAAGUAUGGAUCGAACAAGCGAGUUUCUGACUUGAUCCAAGGCUUACGGUCAUUUGGAGCAAAAGUUGAAAAAGGUCAAAAAUACAUUGAUGAAGUACAAAGCUCCAUCACAAAGGAAGAAAUGACAACCACGACAUCCUUGAAUAACACUUACUCUGGAGAAGAAACAACACCAACACCCAGUGGCUCCAGUCCAACUAAGUCAAAAGAAACUAAGGAGCAACAAGCCCUGAAUAACAAAAGAAAGAGAAAAAUUGAAGGGAAAUAA